AUGCCGGGAAAUCGAAAAAUAACAAAGAAAGCCAUCAAGGGGAAGGACGUCAUCCACCCAGGAUCUCGGAAAGCUAGUCAGCUUACCCGAGUAACCCUCCGAACAGCAAAACUUCAGCAUCAGACCAAAAACCGUCGAGGCACCUCUUCAGCUAAACUCCUCCGCCCAGUCUUCUUCAUGCACGCCCUCACAUCGCCACAUCCCCUCACCCUCGCGUCCCUGAAAGAGAUUGUCCAGAUCUUCCUGGAUCGAGAUGAUCUCCGCAUGGAAGAGCUCGAAGCGGAUAGGAGACCGGGACGGCCAAAGUCCAAGGAGUAUCUGGAGCUGGAGGCGAGGAAGGCGAAGGAGACCAAGGAGUUUGAGACUGGCUUCGAAGUCCCAGAUCUCACGCAUCCCCACACCGUCCGCCUCCUAUACAGCUACCACGAGAACGACACCUAUCUCGAUGCAUCCCGCGUCGAUCUCCUCCGCCAGAUCCGCAUAUUCAAGGAUAGCGAUGAUGUUGUGCUUUUCAGAGCAGGCAAGGCGGACGCGAUGGGGUUUGCAGAUAAGGGCGAAGGAGAAGCGGAGGACUGGACGGAUGGUGCUACUGCAGGCGGAAAUGCUGCGGAGGCGGCUGAGGGGGAGAUGGUCAUGGACGCAUGA